AGUGGGUGCCUGCUACUCUGCUGCUGCCUACCUUGCAAGAUUCCCAAAACCCUAGUAGUGCCAGCCAAGAGAGAGGUCUGUGUUUGGAUAUCAUGGCAACAAUGGCGAUUCUGUUAGGACCGAGAAAAAGGAAGGCAAGAAGAAACGGAGGUAGAAGUGAAGUGGGCAGAGUAGGGCCCAAAAUUUCAGAGUCAUCAAGUUCAUCAUCAUCAUCAUCAUCCCCUCCUCAUGUUCAAUCUGUUUGUUUCCGCGGAAAGAGCAUAGAAAACGAUAUGAUCGAAUGGUUCCACUUCACAAUGGCAGGCAGUGACAGCAACAAGAAGGAGAGGAGAAGACGAUGCCGAAGAGGACAAGUGAAUCUUGUUUUUCACCAUAAUCAUCGCCACAAGGGAGAGGGAGAGCAUUCACGGAUUCUAUCUCCAAUCCAGAUCCAGCCGCCAGACUCCUCCUCCGAUGCCUCCCCGGCUGCCCUGGGCUCCAUCAUCUACUGUAUUGGCGGUCGUCGUUUUCGAAACUGUGGCCAUGAUGAUGAUCACACUCGCCAAGUCCAUUAUUUUGAUGCUAAUCAUCCUACGGAGGGCUGGAAGGAAGCUUCGCCCAUGAUUAAUCGCAGAUCAGAAGCUAAAGUUGUCGCUCUCCAUGGCAAGUUAUACGUCUUUGGCGGCGGCUCUGAUUGUGGUGGUGAUUGGGCUGAGGUUUUUGAGCCAUGUGGGCCUGAUGAUGAUGGGGGUGGUCAGGGGGGUCAAUGGACAGCUCUACCUUCACCCCCAUCUCUUCCUACUCAUGGUUAUGGUUGUUUAUUUGCUGUAGCUCGUAAAGCUUCCAACAAGAUUGUGGUGGGAUUACAGAGUGUGGUGGGAUUACGGCAAUCUGUUGUUGCUUAUGAGUAUGAUGUUGCACAUAAUUCCUGGUUAGAUUUCAAGUUAAAUCCUUCUCUGUUCACGUUAAGCCAACCAGUAUUAGUUGGCAAUAUGCUGUACUGGGUCGAUUAUGAGCUAAAUGCAUACAAUCUCGACAACAAAAUGCUCUUCUCAGGACCCAUAGAAGAUCUGCAGAUUCAGGACCAUCUCAGUUGUGAUGAUUAUCUUUUUACAUCAUCCUUGUUUCAUCUAGCUGAAGAUCGUUUCUGUUUGCUUUGGGUCUUCCCCAAUGGAUCACUACCCCGCCUUCACUGCACCAUACUGCAAGUCUCUAAAGGCACCGAUAUAAACGGCAAAGGUUGUCUCAGUGCUUCUGUUUUGUCCUGCCAGUCUUUUAUUGUUGAAUUUCCAUUGGACUUCCUUGACGGCCUGCUGCUGUAAUGCUAUGGAUGAACUCGUGCACGAAGCCGAAUUGUAUAGGACUAGUUGGCACUUGCUACAUUUUUUUAAGGAUUAUAUAUAUUUUUGGAUAGAUUUGUAUGGAAAAUUUGGGUAAACUACUAGUUAUAUUUUUGGAUAGAUGCAUAUAGAUAAAAAUUUAAAACAUAAUAACAACUACUUGUUAUGUUUUAAAGUUUUAUACUAGAUGGAUGUGAAUCGGAUGAUUAUAUCGAUUACAUGACCUUUUUAAUUGGACGAUUAUGUAGUUUGGAAUUACUUGUGGAUGAAAACUUAUAAUAGUUGAUGAUUUUAAUUAAACAGGUUAAGUAUUGGUUGAUUUAUGUA